AUGGCAGUGCUAGUGCUCAUAGCUGUAACAAUGCUGUCUGCUGCCUUCUGUGAUUCUGUCUGUUUUGAUGACAUUAAUGAUCCAGAUAUUGAUUUAAACGAGGAGAUGGAAGAUUCUACUGCAAGUCAAAGUCAGCAAAUACAAAGUCUGGUGGAAGCAAUCGCCAAACAAGCGGCUAAUCCUCCAACACAAAAGGAACAAGCACAGGCAGCACCGCCUUUCCGUGCUUUUGAUGCAUCAAGAGAAGAAUGGCGAGAAUAUUUCGCGCAGUUGCAGGCGCACAUGACAGUCUACAAAAUCACGGAUUUGGUCCACGGCGGGUUCCAGCCGCGCCUUCCGACUUCGCUGCCGCCCCCAGGGCAGCAGCAGCAGCCGUCGCCGCUACCACGCCGACAGCCCGUCCCGUUGAUGCCUCCCGCGCAGCUUCAUCCGGGAGCGCCCCAGGUGGUCGCUCCGGCGCCUGCGGUCCCUCUUCAGUCGCCACCGCCUUCGGAGCUGAUGGAAGUCGACCCCUCAGCCGGGCCGCCUUCCCACGCGGUGGCUGUGCAGCCUGUCCUGCAGCCGCUUUCCUUGGGCACCCCCAAGGAGUCUGACACCGCAGCGCCUUGUCCGGCGCCCACUCAGCAGCCGUCGACGCAGCGUCAGGAGACGCUGCCUCUCUUCGUGGGUCCCGACGCCCCGUCGCGUCCAGUACCAGAAGCUGCGCCCGUGGUCACAGGCGUGCACCCUGACCUCGGUUUUCAGUCGGUGUUUCCCGAGGCCCCGCGCAGCCAAUGCUGGGGUGCGGACCGGGGACUGCCACCGACAACAGUCUCCGCCCCGUGUUCACUCUGUGUCAUUCCUAGUGCAGCAGAAGCAACAUCUGGCAGGAACUAUAUGGCGCAGAGAAUAGCUUGA